AUGGCCAAAUCCAUGGCAUUAGUGCUGUUCAUGCUCCUAGUGAAUGUGUUUGCCGAAGACCUUCACACUCUUCCAUCACCUCACUCCCCCACACCAGCCCCAUUUCAUCCCCCGACUUACCCACCUGCAAACGCCCCUCACCACCACCACCACCAUCACCACCAACACCCACCAGCCCCUGCUCCUAUUCACCCUCCUUUUUCCCCUACCCACCCACAUUUCCCUCCAACCCCUGCUCACCCUCCAACUCAUUACCAUCACCAUCACCCUUCUGCUCCUAAAUCUCCAGUUCCAGUCCACCCUCCUCUCAAUCCUCCGGUUCCAGUCCACCCUCCUCUCAAUCCUCCGGUUCCAGCCCACUCUCCUCACAAAUCUCCGGUUCCAGUUCAUCCUCCUCAUAAAUCUCCGGUUCCAGUUCACCCUCCUCAUAAAUCUCCGGUUCCAGUUCACCCUCCUCACAAAUCUCCGGUUCCAGUUCACCCUCCCGUCAAGCCCCCAGUUCCAGUUCACCCUCCUGUCAAGCCCCCAGUUCCAGUGCUCCCUCCUGUCAAGCCUCCGGUUCCUGUCCAUCCUCCUGCUCCGGUGCAUCCCUUCCCUAGAAGCUUUGUGGCAGUUCAAGGUGUUGUCUACGUGAAGUCCUGCAAGUAUGCCGGGGUUGACACCCUCUUGGGAGCCACACCACUGCUUGGUGCGGUUGUGAAGCUCCAAUGCAACAACACCAAGUACAAGCUGGUCCAAACCAGCAAAAGUGACAAGAACGGGUACUUCUACGUGGAAGCCCCGAAGAGCAUCACAACGUUUGGAGCUCACAAGUGCAAUGUGGUUUUGGUGAGUGCACCCAAUGGACUUAAACCCUCAAAUCUUCAUGGUGGUAUCACUGGUGCUCUUCUCAGGCCAGAGAAGCCAUUCUUGUCUAAGAAGCUCCCCUUUGUGCUCUACACAGUUGGACCUCUCGCAUUUGAACCCAAAUGUCAUUAA